AGGCCGGGACUCCCCUUCCCAGCGUGCCCUGCGGUCCCCCAGUUCCCCCUCCCUCCCGUGCGACGGACAGGAGCGAACAGGCUAGGGAGCGAGGAGGUCAGCCCCCCAUGCCGCACGCACCCCGCAUCCUGGCUCGCGGUUGAGGGAUCCCGCCCGGGUGAAGAGAGGAGCCUCAGGCCCAGGCCAGCCUCCAUCGGAGACCCAAGCCAGCUUCCUCGGGAUGCAGGAGGAUCAGCCCCAAGAGGCUGCGGAGGAGCCAGCCCCUUCGAUCGGAGCGUUGGAAUGUGACCCUGGGGUGGUCCCCAGUGACUCCCAAAAUCUCUCUGAUGUGGAUGCUUUUAAGAUCCUUUUGGAGAUGAAAAUGAAGAAGAGACAGAAGCAGCCCAGCUUGCCAGGUACUGUCACGGAAUUGGUCACGGAAGAAGGAAGUAAGGUGUACGUGGUUGGCACAGCCCACUUCAGUGAUGACAGCAGGCGAGAUGUAGUGAAGACCAUCCAGGAGGUACAGCCAGACGUGGUCGUGGUGGAGCUUUGCCAGUACAGGGUCUCCAUGCUGAAGAUGGACGAGAAGACGCUGCUGAAGGAGGCCAAGGAGCUCAGCCUGGAAAAGCUGCAGCAGGCCGUCAGGCAGAAUGGAGUCAUGUCAGGCCUGAUGCAGAUGCUCCUUCUGAAGGUCUCGGCGCACAUCACAGAGCAGCUGGGGAUGGCCCCUGGGGGCGAGUUCAGAGAGGCUUUCAAGGAGGCCAGUAAAGUACCUUUCUGCAAGUUCCACCUUGGGGACAGGCCUAUCCCGGUGACUUUCAAGAGAGCCAUCGCGGCCCUUUCCUUCUGGCAGAAGGUGAAGCUGGCCUGGGGCCUGUGCUUCCUCUCUGACCCCAUCAGUAAGGAUGACGUGGAAAAGUGUAAACAGAAGGACCUGUUGGAGCAGAUGAUGGCGGAGAUGAUCGGCGAGUUUCCCGACCUCCAUCGUACCAUCGUCUCCGAAAGAGACAUCUACCUGACGUACAUGCUGCGCCAGGCCGCCAAGCGGCUGGAGUUGCCGCGCGCUUCAGAAGCCGAGCCCAGGAAGAGCAUCCCUUCUGUGGUGGUCGGAGUGGUGGGAAUGGGCCACGUCCCUGGCAUCGAGAAGAACUGGAGCACAGACUUAAACAUCCAGGAGAUUAUGAGCGUUCCUCCCCCGUCCAUCUCUAGCAAGGUGUCCAGGUUUGUCGUGAAAGCUACCUUCUUUGGAUUGAUGUGCUACGGCUUCUACCGGGUGGGAAAACGGACGGUCACCCUAAUCCUUUCCAUGACAGCCACGCGGUGGUCGUGUCUCCAGAGACUGGCUGAGAUCAGACCUCAGAAAUAAGGCGGCGGCGGCGGCCGGCAGAGCCAGGCGGGCAGCAACCAAAAACCAGAACGGGUGCUAGAAGCCACGCGCAUGCGGGGCCUGCGGGAGCUGGGCAGGGCUGGGGGCCAGGGGCCGGGGCCGGGCCGAUGUUCGUCGAGUGUCGGCGAAGCCUGGGGUUGUGUUCAGGCAGCCUUGAGCAUCUUCUGGCCUGGGUUCCUUCCCCCGAGGGUCUCUGGUGGUGGGUUUCUGCCGAGCGGUGCAGGGACCGCUCUGGACCGUGUCGGUAUCAUGAUACCAUUGUUAGUUUUUGGUGCCAAGCACCUAUAGGAUAAGACAAUUUAAUGAUCAUCUUGUUAUGGGGAGAAUUUUAUAUCAGUCAUCAGCGUCUGUGUGUGUGUGUUGGGGAGCGUGGGGGGUGCUGUUUUAAAAGCUCCUAGCUUCUCAAACAAACCCGGUAGCUGCAGACCUGACUGUCUCACGUGCCCAUCCAUGGCAGCCAGGUAACAUGGACCCCUCCUCCGCAGUGGCCUUCAGCCCUGGCCCCCUCACUCCUCGUCCCCCGUUGCCCAGUGGCGCAGGCCAGCAGCAGGGCCCCCUCCGUGUUUACCAAGGGAACAGCUCAGGGGAGGCUGCCCAGCCAGGCCUUCCCCAGACACAGCUUUCUCCCCGGGAGGCUUUAUUUAAUGAAACGAUGCUUCGCAGACUGGUCAGCAGGACGCGGUUUGGUGGGUUUAGUGACGUGGUUGGGCACCAGCUGCUCUGUCGCUGAGGGGUUCAGGGGCUUUACCUCCAGGGCUGUUGCCUUGGGUCCAUCUAAGACAACUCGCCUUCUUUCCCCUGCCCUCUGCCCCUUGCACACCUCUCCUUUCCAAAUCAUGGUCUGGAAUGCAAGGGUCCCAGUGCCCCCACCCUGUUGAGGCGUGGGAUAAGUCCUGACUGCCUAGAGGGGCAGGCUGUGGCUGCUACUUCCUGCCACGGGAGACUUCCCACAUGGCCUCUUGGUGCCCUCUCUGGGCCCCCUUGCCCAGCCCACUGGCUCCAUCUCAUCCACUUCCCUUGAGCCUUGGGAGGGACCUCAGAGACAUGCUCAGUCAUCUCUUGCCAUUAAAAGCCACCGAGUCACGCCCCCCCCCCAGCCUGCACAGGCAGGUGUGCCUUUGGCCAGCCCCUGAUGGUACCAGUUGCUAGGGAGCAGGGGUGUGAGCCUUGGCCUUCCUCAGCUUUAGGGGCCCAGCCGGGAGGCCUGGACUCUGCUUUGCCUUCUUGGGGGUUUCUUGGUUCAUGUUUUGGUUUUUUUUUUUAAGGUAUUUCUAGCUUGUAUAGUUCUGUGUGUUCUGCUUUUAAAAAGCUGAUAAAACCUCUGCUCAGGUAAUUUUAAUUAAAAAGAAAACUAAUUAAAUGUCAGACAAGCCUUAAGCUGGGUUAGGACAGACAGUAGGCUUGUCUCCAAGCCUGUGGCCUGGGAGCAGCGAGGGGGUGGGCUGAGGCAGCUCCCGGGAGGUGUGGCCCUGGCGGAAGCUGGGAAAGGGAAGGUCUGACAGCCAAGAACCAGAGGUGGGGGCUUCUCCUUUGGCUUAGGGGCAGGUUGGUUGGGCCUUUGGCCGCCGCCUGCCCCCUCCCUCUGUUUCCUCUCUCCAGUCCGUCCAGCCAGCCAGCCAGCCAUCCUCCUUGUGUGAGAGCCUGCAAAGCCAUGUUGUGCUGGGGCCACAGGGGGUUCUCCUGACCCCUGGGCCUUUGGGCCCGAGCUGCUGUUGGGAAUGGUCUGCCCCCAUCCUGUGGGACAAGAUAGAGUAUUGUAAGCCCCCCUCCCCAGCCUGUGUUCCUGUGCUUGGCAGUCAGAAAACAGCAGUGGGGGGUCCCUUGCCUCGAGACACCCAGCCAGGCCGUGGCAGGUCCUCAGAUGGGACGUUGUGUCUCCCACAUGAGUGUCCCUAGGUGUGGAGGAGAUGUUGCAUCUUCCAGGACUGAGCUGGGAAGAUGGUCUUGUAACCUGUCCCCCGCCCCCAGACCUGCUCCUGAGGCUGUCCACCUGCUCGUGGCUCUGUGACCAAAACUGUCCUGUCUUAUGUGCCCUGGGCCUGGAGGAGAUUGUGCUGAUGAUGCCCAUGCUGCUGCUGGGGGAUGAGGGCCUGAGGGGAAAAGAAAUUCAUUUCUCCCCCAUUCCAUAGACAUUUGUUGAGCACCUAGUGUAUUCCAGGCGCUGUACUAAGGCAGCAGAGAAGUAGUUGCUUCCCUCCCCGUUCCAGCCCUGGCUGCCCACCUUCCACCCUCUUCGUCUCCUUGUAUAGAGCAGACUGCUUUUAUGACUGUUUACAAAAUGCUUUAGAGAUAAAUUAAUGUCUUUUUGAUGCAAUGGGCCAGAGUCUGGCUAUUGACCCACUUUUCUGACUCAGUGUUGAACCAAAUCAGAUGAAAUGUAACCGGUUGGAGAAUGUUUCCCCAAAGUGUCAUGAAGACCAUGGGCCAGCUUGGCGGGCAGGGCCAGCCGGCCGCUCUCAAGGCGAAGCGCCACGGUUUCUUAAGUGCCAGGCUGUAGUUACAGGCUACAGUCCUCUCAAUCAUGUCCUUCGUGUAAUUCGGAGAUUUGUGGUUUCCUUGUGAAAUUAAAAUAAACUUUAAUUUUAGAAGA